AUGAACAGGCACCACCACCAGACUAAAGUUUGCAAAAAAAAAUCGCUGCCGGAGUGCCAUAUAGGCUUACCGAAAUUCAUUUUAGCCGCAAAGAAGUCUCUAUCUGCAAAAUGUCCAUCAACAGACAUCGAUGAUGUCCCGCAAUCUCGGUAAAUAAGCCAUAGUCUACAGUACUGUUAGCUAGGCCUAGACCACGAAUCAGAGAUUGAAAGAUGUGAAGAGUGCAAGUUUUUUUGUUAUCUUUUCUCACUGACAGCCAGCUGCGCAGGUGUCCAGGUAACCACUGCCUAACUGUUUGGCGUGAGAACGAGCCCUCGCAGAUCACCGAGAACUGA